UAUUUUUUACAGACUCUUAUAGAUGGAAAGGUAUUCUUGAUAUAAAGAAUUAAGUGAAGGAAUUUAGAGUAGCGCUGGCCUCUGUAAUAAUGAGGAGAAAUUGUAUCUUGAAACUGUUACUUGGACUCACCGUGUUUGGAAACACGCAUGGUGUUCUGUACCCGUAUGGGCCCGAAAAUGGCGACGGUAUAGCAGACUGUGGAAGAUGGAACCUUGGAUCUGUAAAAAUUCCCUUGAAUGAUCCGAUUCCUUUCUUUGGGGGUCCCCCGUUAGCGGAUGUUUGGAUUUCAACAUUUGGUGCCUUGUCGCCCAACAAAAUAAAAGACCAUCGUGUAAACCAGAUUCUCAACAACACCAUUCUUGCUCCCUUUUUUGUCUCCUCCCAACCCGGUGGUGAAGGAAUCAUUCAUCAUCGACAAGUUUGUGGAAAUGAUCCGCUGUUGAUGCAAAUCUCAAUCGACGUAGCAAGGUCAAGAAACGUACCGAAUGUUAAUUUUGCGCCAAAUUGUGCACUCGUGGUGACUUGGAGCAAAGUGUCCUCACUGGAUGAUUCAGACCAGACCAACACUUUCCAAGCAGUAAUUGCCUCAGAUGGUGAGAAGAGUUAUGCGAUAUACAACUACCCACGUAAUAUUACUUGGAUAACUGGGAACAACAGACCUGCCGUGGCUGGUGUGUUUGUCUCAGGUGACCUAAUGUCAAGUUGUGAAGUUCACCUGCCUGGUUCUGAAACACCAAUGGUUCAAAACUUAGGCACAAACACAUGGGUAAAUGGUGUUCGUGGUAGAUAUGUAUUGGACAUAUCAAGUCCAUUGAAGUGCUCGUCUAAAUUUAUUUCCCCAUGUGGCAACCUAACUGAGGACCGUGGGACAUCUGAAGGUUACUUUCAAUACACAGAAGAUGGGACAGGCCGUUUUUUCAGGAGGUUUACUUGUAAUGUCGGUUUCUACUUAUCUCCUGACACCAACACACGAGAUGUGGAUUGUGUGUAUGAUCCUGAUUAUUACACUUAUGAGUGGGAGGAAUUGCCUAAUGGUUGUCUAGAUCUGAAUGCAACACGGAGACUACAGACUUCACUGGAAGUCUCAAGAUUCAACAACACCGACCUGUUGUCCUGGUACGAUGAUCCAACAACUCUGCAAACAUUGUUGCAAGACUACUUACCUGAAUCAAUAAACCACUUGGUUGAAGUAGCGGGUAUAAGAGGGGUUGUCAAUAAUGUGGACAGUAUUUCUAACUUAACUAGAGACGGAAAUACAGCAAGUGUAAACGUUAAUUUCACGACUUAUGUACCAACUUACAACAACAAAAGACUGAACGGAGAUAAACUAGGACAAGAAAUUGAAAACGCUUUACGAAAUGAUGGUCAAGUAGAUCUGGUUUCAUACAAUCCCUCUGCAAAUACAACAGAAAUUGUUAAUGAAUGUCUCCAAAGUUGUUUAUGUUGGAUGAACUAUGACCCAGUAAGAUGCAAAGCUGGGAAAAUAAAACCAGAUAUUCUUCCUGAUGCUUGCUGUGGCUGCCCUGGACAAGCUUAUACAAGUUCUUUGAAGGCGUGUUGCAACAACCGUCAAAUCUAUGACCCAACGAAGUCUGUUUGUUGCGGCCGACAUGUCAGGCAAGGAUCAAGUUGCCCUCCUUCCAGAAAGUUCCGGAAAUAGAAAUUAUAUUUCGUUCCACCAUUUAUUUAGACUGCACUUGCCGGAAAGAAUUUUUUCUGCUUCUGUUGCUACCAGGCAUAAUGCAAUGCUGCUAUGUAAUACAUGUUUUCAAUAGCUUCACUGGUAAAAAA